GUGGUGACCACCCCCCUCCUUUGACCUCCUACGUCGAACAAAGAAGCUCAACCUGGUUUAGUCGCCAAGAGGUUUCCCCCUCCCCUUUCAUCACCUGCGCACCUUUCCCAUGUGCAAGGAAGCGACGUCGAGGAGGGGAAAAACAGCCGUCUCAUCUCCUCCGAUCUGUAUCUAUUUCCCUUCUCCUUCUCCAACCUCUCUCGCGCCUUUUUUUGACCAGACUGAAACCCCACGCACCCCGCGGACAGCGACUGAGCCCAAACACAUUCGCAAAUUUACCGACCCCAGCCAGUCAGAGCGCAGGAACACGGUCGUGUGCCGCGGCCGCCGUUUCCAUCCUGCUGUGCCUUGCAUACCGUACACUACCAACUUAUUGUUGGGCCAUACAUUUGGCGAUAUAAGGGUCGCGCGUGCCCUUCUUUUUCGUAAUGGCGAGGAAGGGGGAUGGAUUGACAUCGCCGACCACACAAUCGACGGCGGAUGAGAAAGAGGUUUUGACACCAAACAACGACGCGAUGAACACCACUGGGACUGGGUGGCAAAAGCUAUCAGAGGGGGAUGAACGACGAGGGGCUGCAUCAGGGGAGGAGAUGCAGAUUGAACUAAACGAAACUGUCGCGACAACAAGGGACACAGCAGAAAAGGCGGAUGCCGGUUCGGGGGGCGCGAGUGUGAGCGCGGCGGAGAUGGUCGAGUACAAAGUCUACAGGAGGAGGUGGUUUGGGCUGGUGCAGUUGACGUUGCUGAAUGUGAUUGUUAGUUGGGAUUGGCUCACCUUCUCCCCCGUCGCCAGCCACGCAGCUCGGUAUUUUUCCACAGACGAGAACACCAUCAACUGGCUCAGCACGGCGUUUUUGUUUGCUUUUACGGCCAUCACCCCGCUGGUGAUUUAUGUGUUACAUCUCGGGCCGAAGCCGUCGAUUGUCACCUCGGCGGCCUUGAUUCUCGUGGGCAACUGGAUCCGCUAUGCGGGGUGUCGCUCUGGUGAAAAGGGGUUGUUUGGGGUGGUGAUGUUUGGCCAGAUCCUUACCGGUCUUGCUCAGCCUUUUGUCCUUGCGGCUCCGGCGCGGUAUUCGGACUUGUGGUUCACCAACCGGGGGCGGGUGGCGGCUACGGCCUUGACCUCGCUUGCGAACCCGUUUGGGGCUGCGCUGGGGCAGCUGAUUAUUCCGUUCUGGGUUGAGGGUCCGGGGGAUGUUUCGAGGAUGGUGUUGUAUGUUUCUGUGAUUUCGACGGUCUGCGCGCUUCCCGCCUUUUUUAUUCCUGCCCGCCCCCCUACACCGGUGGCACCUUCUUCACAAACACCGAAACUGUCGUUGAUAUCGUCGGCCAAGUUCCUGCUUCGCCAAACGGAAUUUUAUCUCUUGUUCGUCCCUUUUGCGAUUUAUGUCGGUUUGUUCAAUAGUAUCUCGUCUCUCCUCAACCAAAUCUUGCUGCCACACGGUUACAACGAUGAGGAAGCCGGUGUUGCUGGGGCACUGCUCAUCGUCGUCGGCCUUGUUGCUUCGGCCAUCACAUCGCCUUUGAUCGACAAGUAUAAAUCAUACCUCUUGGCCGUCCGGUUCGCUGUCCCCAUUGUUGGACUUUGUUACUUGGUUUUCAUCUGGAUGCCUGGGACUAGGGACAGCGGGGGGGUGGCAGGGCCGUAUGUGGUCAUGGCUGUGAUGGGGGCGGCGAGCUUCAGUCUCGUGCCGGUGGUGGUGGAGUUUUUGGUUGAGCUGACGCAUCCGAUCAGUCCCGAGGUUACGAGCACGUUAGCCUGGAGCGGGGGACAGGUAUUGGGGGGGAUAUUCAUUGUUGUGAGUGGUGCGCUGAAGGGAGAAGGAGGAAAGAUGGAGAGGGCGUUGGUUUUUCAUGCGGUUUUGGCCUUGGUUGCGGUGCCGUUGCCGCUUUGUCUGGGGUGCUUUGGACGGGGGGAGAAGUUGGUUUUGAGGAGGGUGAGGAUUGAUGAGGUUGAGGGGAGAAGAGGGGCUGAGGCGUAG